GCUUCACUGUGGAUAUUACUGAGAAACAUGUUGUUUUCUGGAAUGAAAAAGUUAGGACAGACUCCCUCAUACACCCAUUUAAGGAUGAGUUUAAAGCAGUACCAGACACAUUUCAGGAGAUUCUGUGGACACCAGUUAGGAUGACAUAUCAUCUACUGCCAGUACCAUAAUGGAAGAUGCCUCUACCAGAAGUGACACACCCACCCAGGGAGUAGGGGGUCGAAAGGGGAGGGGCCGUAGCAAGAAAUGGAGACCUAAACUACAGUUCAAGUGUACAAACUUUGUGAAGGAGGAUCAUGGACAGCCCAUAUUUGGAAUAGAUGUUAACAAGAACACUAAGGAUGGUGAACCAAUCAUAUUUGCCUCUGUGGGCCACAACAGGGUAACAAUUUAUGAACUACAGGAGAAUGGGAAGAUAAAAUUACUACAAGGCUAUGUAGAUCCAUGUGCAGAUGAGAAUUUCUAUUGCUGUGCUUGGUCAUAUGACGAUGUUACUGGCCAGCCAUUGGUUGCCGUGGCAGGUUUAAGGGGAAUCAUCAGAGUGUUAAGUCCCAUUGCUCUCUGCUGUGUCAAACAUUUUGUUGGUCAUGGGAUUGCUGUCAACGAACUAAAAUUUCACCCAAGAGAUCCAAACAUGUUACUCUCUGCAUCAAAAGACCACACCAUCAGGUUAUGGAACAUCAAGACGGACGUCUGUGUUGUCAAGUUUGGAGGUGUAGAUGGUCACAGGGAUGAAGUACUCAGUGCAGAUUUUAAUAUAACUGGGUCCUUGAUCACAACCUGCGGUAUGGACCACUCCCUGAAGAUUUGGAAGACGGACACAGAGACAAUUCAGACGGCCAUGAAAAACUCGUAUACAUACAACGCAGCAAAGACCAACAGACCAUUCCCAACAGUAGCCCAACAUUUCCCAGAUUUCUCCACCAGAGACAUCCAUAGAAAUUACGUGGACUGUGUACGAUGGUUCGGAAAUUUUAUACUCUCAAAGUCAUGUGAAAACUGCAUCAUCUGUUGGAAGCCCGGUCCUCUCUCAGAUCCUAACUAUGCCCUGAAGCUGAGUGAUAGUAAUGUGUCUGUUCUCCAUCGCUUUGACUACAAGGACUGCGACAUCUGGUACAUGAGAUUUGGACUGGAUUUCUGGCAAAAGGUGCUGGCCUUGGGAAAUCAGAUUGGCAAGGUGUAUGUUUGGGAUCUGGACCUUGAGGACCCAACUCAAUCAAAACCAAUCAUUUUAACCCAUCCCAAGUGUUACACUCCAAUACGUCAAAUUUCCUUCACCCGCGACGGCAGCACAUUGUUGGCGGUCUCUGACAAUGCAACAAUCUGGAGGUGGGACCGGGUCAAGUGAACCGUGACUUGUAAUUAGAUUCAUGGACCCAUGACAAAAACAGGCAUGUUACAAUGCAUCCAUGCAGUUGAAGAAAGACUGGAUUUGAAAACAGAAGCAUGACUGAAAGUGGAUUUUUUUUUAAGAUGGGAGAUUUUUAAAAAUCUGAUCUGAUGUUAGUUUCUGAGUUUGAUUUUUUGUUCAGACAUAAAUGAUAUGAAAUAAAUGUUAGCUAUAUAUUUUAAUUGUCAUGUGCAAGUUUCUUAUGUUUUGUUUUUGAUAGCUGAUUAAUUUGGUUGGCAGAACAGAACAGCUAGAAUACUUUCUUAUUUUGAGUGCUGCUCAAAACAGAUAGAUGUAAAAUGGUGCCACUGUUGUGGUUUAUUCUGUUUUGGAAUUUAAAGAAUUGAAUAGUAGAUAAAGAAUAAUAUUUACAUCUGAAAUGUUUUUGCCUUUGAUAUCUUUACAAAUUGUAAUGAUAAACAUUUCCUCAUGAAUGCACUGCAUUUGUAAACAAUAUGAAUAUGGAUACAAAACUACUGGUACUUGAUAAUUAUAGCACAUCUAUUUUAACGACUGGGAAUUCCAACAGAAAUGAAAGUAGAAUGUAGAUAUAAGAAAUAAAUUUCAACAUGAUAUUGGGUUCUUGGGUUGAUAUUGAAAACUGCAAUUUGAGAAGAGGGUAUAAUUAAGAAAUACGAGUAUUAAAUAAGGGAAUUGAUUGUGAUGCUUCGUGCCAGCAUAGCGCUUCAUGAAAAGUAUGCCGGUGAGAAGUGUUGCAGUUCAUGCCCUCAUAUAUUUUCAAAAAUGAAAUCUUCUCAGUAGAUUUGAUUAUGUGCUGCCUCUCUUCAUAUCGCAGUAAAGUUUUCAAACAAAGUCAAAACUGGAGACUAACACUGAAAAAUUGUGGAAGAUUCUCAUGAGUGGAUACCCCUUGGUAUUCAAUAGAGUCUUGAUCUGAAGUUAAAUACUAGAACCAAAUUAAUUUACAUGUGCAUUCUCAUGAUGUGUUCAUAUGUUUACUUCUAAUAAAGUUUUUAGAUUGGU